CUAUUUUUAAAGAUCAUUUGGGUUUUGGGAUGGUUAACGAUUUUUUUCAGGUAGUAGGCAAGUAGCAGAUAACAUAGUAGGUUUCGGCGUUUGGCAAUGGAAAGGGCCGCGAUUGUUCGUUCUCUAUCGUGCACUUCUAUGGCUUGCGGCAGAUACCUCUUAUCCCGCUCCUGCAGAACUUCUGUUUCUUCAUCCAUCCUCUUCCCCUCAACGCCAAAGCCAAAGCUAUCGUUAUCGCCAUCCCCAACUGUAAGACACUCUUUGCAACGCCGCCACUGGAGAUUUGCCCCCUCGCCUUACUUGAGCAGCAGGAAGCACUUCUCGUUGCUGUCUCCUAGAGCAGUUGCAUCCCCUUCUAUUCAAUCAUCUCCUUCUUCUCCUUCUCCAGAGUUUCCUCAUGUAAAGGACGAAGUUGCCCUUGAGUUGGGGUUUGAGAAAGUUUCCGAGGAAUUCAUUCCAGAAUGCAAAUCUAAAGCAGUGCUUUUCCGGCACAGGAAGACUGGGGCAGAGGUCAUGUCUGUUUCCAAUCACGAUGAGAAUAAAGUAUUUGGUAUUGUUUUUCGCACUCCUCCGAAAGAUUCUACUGGUAUUCCUCACAUCUUGGAGCAUAGUGUAUUAUGUGGAUCAAGAAAAUAUCCUUUAAAAGAACCAUUUGUUGAAUUAUUGAAAGGAAGCUUGCACACUUUCCUCAAUGCAUUCACAUAUCCUGAUAGGACAUGUUACCCGGUUGCUUCCACAAAUACUAAGGAUUUCUAUAAUUUGGUUGAUGUCUACCUAGAUGCGGUUUUCUUUCCUAGAUGUGUGGAGGACACUUUGAGCUCAAUGAUCCUUCUGAAGAUAUCACUUAUAAAGGUGUUGUAUUUAAUGAAAUGAAGGGUGUCUAUUCUCAACCAGAUAAUAUACUUGGCCGGACUUCUCAGCAGGCCCUUUACCCUGAUACUACCUAUGGUGUUGACAGUGGAGGUGAUCCUCAAGUCAUUCCCAAGUUGACGUUUGAGGAGUUUAAGGAAUUUCAUCGCAAGUAUUACCAUCCCAGCAAUUCGCGAAUAUGGUUUUAUGGAGAUGAUGAUCCAAAUGAGCGCCUCCGCAUCCUGGGUGAGUAUUUAGACAUGUUUGAUGCAAGUUCGGCUCCAAAUGAAUCAAAGAUUGAACCACAGAAACUAUUUUCUAAGCCGGUUCGGAUUAUUGAGAAAUAUCCUGCUAGUGAAGGGGCUGAUUUGAAGAAGCAGCAUAUGGUCACCCUUAACUGGUUGCUCUCUGAUAAACCAUUGGACUUGGAAACUGAGCUAGCACUUGGGUUUUUGGAUCAUCUUCUGUUGGGAACUCCUGCUUCACCACUGAGAAAAAUUUUGCUAGAAAGUGGACUUGGAGAUGCCAUUGUUGGUGGUGGGGUUGAAGAUGAACUACUUCAGCCUCAAUUCAGCAUUGGGUUGAAGGGAGUUUCUGAACAGGAUAUUCAUAAGGUAGAAGAGCUAGUCAUGACUACACUCAAAAAGUUGGCCAACGAAGGUUUUGAUACGGAUGCUGUUGAGGCAUCUAUGAAUACAAUUGAGUUUUCUCUAAGGGAGAACAACACUGGUUCGUUUCCUCGUGGCUUGUCACUCAUGCUCCGCUCCAUUGGUAAAUGGAUUUAUGAUAUGAAUCCAUUUGAGCCAUUGAAAUAUGAGAAACCUCUUCAAGAUCUAAAAUCCAGACUUGCAAAGGAGGGAUCUAAAGCUGUCUUUUCUCCUCUAAUAGAGAAAUUCAUCUUGAAUAACCCACAUCGAGUUACUGUGGAAAUGCAGCCUGAUCCUGAAAAGGCUGCUCGUGAUGAAGCCACAGAAAAAGAGAUCCUGCAGAAAGUUAAAGCUGGGAUGACAAAAGAAGAUUUGGAGGAGCUCUCCCAAGCUACUCAUGACCUUCGGCUUAAGCAGGAAACUCCUGACCCACCAGAAGCUCUGAAAACUGUUCCUAGCCUUUCUUUGCAAGAUAUUCCAAAAGAACCUAUUUAUGUUCCCAUUGAGGUUGGUGAUAUCAAUGGAGUAAAAGUUUUGCAGCAUGAUCUCUUCACCAAUGAUGUGUUUUACACUGAAUUAGUAUUUGACAUGAGUUCAUUGAAGCAAGAGCUUCUUCCCUUGGUCCCACUGUUUUGCCAAUCAUUGCUGGAAAUGGGCACAAAGGACUUGACAUUUGUCCAACUAAACCAAUUAAUCGGAAGAAAAACUGGAGGAAUAUCAGUUUAUCCAUUUACCUCAUCAGUGCGGGGCAAGGAUGAUCCAUGUAGUCACAUGAUUGUUCGAGGCAAAGCCAUGGCUGGGCGUGCUGAAGAUCUUUAUGAUUUGAUUAAUACCAUUCUUCAAGAUGUACAAUUUGAAGAUCAACAGCGUUUCAAACAAUUUGUUUCCCAGAGUAGAGCAAGAAUGGAGAACCGGUUAAGAGGCAGUGGUCAUGGAAUUGCAGCUGCAAGGAUGGAUGCUAAACUAAAUACUGCAGGCUGGAUGUCAGAAAAGAUGGGUGGUCUCAGUUACCUUGAAUUCCUGCGAACUCUUGAAGAGAGAGUUGAUCAAGAUUGGGUGAAUAUAUCGUCAUCUCUUGAGGAGAUUCGUAAAUCUGUAUUUUCCAAGCAAGGUUGCUUAAUAAAUAUCACCGCUGAUGGAAAAAACCUAGCAAACACAGAAAAAGCUGUGGGGAAGUUUGUUGAUCUGCUGCCUACUAGGUCUCCCAUUACCACAACUAAUUGGAGUGCUACACUUCCAUUGACAAAUGAAGCUAUUGUCAUACCUACUCAGGUUAAUUAUGUCGGGAAAGCAGCUAACAUUUAUGAUAGUGGUUAUAAGCUUAGUGGGAGUGCCUAUGUUAUUUCCAAAUACAUUAGCAAUACAUGGUUAUGGGAUCGUGUACGUGUUAGCGGUGGAGCUUAUGGAGGUUUCUGCGAUUUUGAUACUCAUUCAGGUGUUUUUAGUUUCUUAUCUUAUCGAGAUCCAAACUUGCUAAAGACACUUGAUGUAUAUGAUGGAACUGGUGACUUCUUAAGAGAAUUGGAAAUGGAUAAUGAUACUCUGACAAAAGCUAUCAUAGGAACCAUUGGAGAUGUAGAUUCCUAUCAACUUCCUGAUGCCAAAGGAUAUAGCAGCAUGUUACGAUACUUGCUGGGAAUCACAGAGGAAGAAAGGCAAAGGAGACGUGAAGAGAUAUUAUCUACGAGUUUGAAAGACUUUAAAGAAUUCGUGGAUGCAAUGGAAGCAGUCAAGGAUAAAGGGGUUACUGUUGCAGUGGCAUCUCCCGAGGAUGUGGAUGCGGCUAACAAGGAGCGUUUCAACUUCUUUCAAGUAAAGAAAGCCCUUUAGAAUAAGGAUUUAUUAGUCACCAAUUGGUACCUUUUAUUAUUUUGUACAAUAUACUGUAGCUGCCUAUAGAUUUAUUAAGGCCGAUGUAUUUUAAUUUAAAGCUGUUGAUUUCAAACUUUAGGCAUAUGAUGAUACGAAAUCUUCAAGGAUAUAGCAAAUAGUUGCACGCUGUAAAAACAUUCUACAAUACGAACUAAUAAACAAUACGUGGUUCUAUUCGUUGUUCGGAAAC